AUGUACACUGCAUUCUGCAUCCAUUGCUUGGUCCUAGCGAUGACUCCAAUCUGUGUGAAUGCGUGUGGUAAAAUCUCCAUUGACCAGAAUCCUCGGGAGCUGGAUGUUGGACAUGAUGAAAUGAGAUUCACCUGCACAGUCACCAGCAGUUGCAAUUUCAGCAGCUACGUGGAGAAGGGAUCCACAAUUCUGGCGAGAAUCCCCCCCCUUGAACUUAAUCAUAAUACGACUAUCAAUAUAAGUGGAGAACCUUCAAACUUCAUAGUGACUGUGAGGAAAACAAUGGAAGGAACCCACCUGGGAGUCUACUACUGUGGGGCUGUCAUCACUGUCAAAGGCCAACACGUGAGGUUUGUAGGGAGUGGAACCCAUAUCUACUCAGGCUGCCAUUUUAUUGGAACAAAAACUGGAAUAGUGUUCGCCAUGGUAUGUGCUUGUGUUGGGAUGAUUAAUCUGUUGUAA